CCGCUCAAAUUCCAUUUACUGUUUCCCCGGUUGUAUGCCUUGCUGAACAGCUUGUACCCGCUGUUGAAGACUAUCAAUCGUUCAUCUCCUGAUAUUAACGGCCGCCCGCAACCGACCACGACAUUGAUACCCCAAGAUCUUCAAAUUUUAAAAAGGAAUCCCUGAAAGAACGCCAAACAUGGCUGCUGAUAUUCCCAAGGUUGUGCCAUUGACAUGUCACGGACACUCUCGUCCCGUGCCGCAUAUCAGUUUCUCCUCCACCGUGGAGGAUGACCAGUACUACCUUAUCUCCGCAUGUAAAGAUAAUAAUCCCAUGUUGCGCGACGGCAUUACUGGUGACUGGAUCGGAACCUUCCUCGGUCAUAAAGGUGCAGUCUGGCAGGCACGUCUAUCUACUGACGCCACCAUCGCCGCCACCGCCGCUGCCGAUUUCUCUGCGAAAGUAUGGGACACCCACACGGGUGAAUGUCUUCACACGCUCCAGCACUCGCACAUCUGCCGGGCUGUAGCAUUCCCCAUGCAGCCAUCGCCCCGCGUGCUCGCUACCGGCGGCUUUGAGAAGAAGCUGCGAAUCUUCGACCUCACGCGCAGCAGUAGCAGCAGCGGCGGAAGCAACAGCAACAGCUCGUCGCCAACAUUAGCUACCGGGCCCUCAGCGCCAGGUGAUGCCUCGCAACCAUCCGCGGUGACCAGCUACGAGAUCGGACCCGGCGUGCACGGCGGCACCAUCAAAUCCAUCGUCUGGAACCAGGAUUACAACAUCCUCACCACGGCGGCGGAAGACCGCAAGAUCCGGUGGUGGGACCUCCGCUCCCGCCACCCGGUGGUCGAGUACAUUGUCGACGGCCCCAUCGGCAGCUGUGAACUCAACACCCUGGCCGUGCGUCCCAACGACGCAGGCAUUCUGACCGUUGCCGCCGGCAAAUCAGUGUAUCUGUUUGACGGCCUGAACCCAGGCCGACUCCUUAAGAAGGUUGACUUCCGGUAUGAGGUCGCCAGCGCGGCCGUCAACAACGAGACCAGUCGCCUGGUCACCGGAAGUGCCGAGGAUACCUGGGCUCGGGUGUAUGAUCUGCUGACGGGCGAAGAACUCGAAGUCCAAAAGGGCCACCACGGCCCCAUAUGGUCCGUAAGCUUCUCGCCCGACGGCAAACUCUAUGGUACCGGAAGCGAGGACGGAACCAUCAAACUUUGGAAAGCAUGCAGGGAACCCUACGGUCUGUGGCGGUGAUUCUGGUCUCAUGCUGCUCAGUCUAGUUCAGCACACUAGCACGGGAUCUACUCCCAGUCCUAGCCUCCCCUAGACGACGAUUUCAUGUGCCCUCAGAGAAGAA